AACGACAUCGUUUUGCUGGGAUUCAGAAACCCUUCAAAUGGCAAAAACCCCCCAUUUCGUCUGAGUUGACACGAGCAGAAAAAUGGCGCUCUUUAGAGCUCGAGCUGUCUCCUCCUCUCUCUUUCGCUCAUGUCUCCUUGCUCCUUCUCGGUUUCUCUCUACUGGUGCCGGCGAGAUGGUGGAAUCGAAAGAAGUGCCGUCGUUGAAGUCGAUGAUGAACCAAAUGCUGACUCUUGACAUAAGUUCUCAAUAUGGGAGCUGUAUGCCUCUGUCAAAUAUGCGAAUCGGUAUGCAAAUUCACAACAUUGAGCUCCGCCCGGGGCAAGGUGGGAAGCUCGUGCGCGCUGCAGGGACCUCUGCGAAGAUACUUACUGAACCGAAUAGAUCAGUCAGGUACUGUGAGAUAAAACUGCCGUCUGGAGAGAAGAGACUGAUAGACAAAAGAUGCCGGGCAACAAUAGGGGCAGUGUCGAACCCUGAGCACGGAAUGAAGAAGCUGAGGAAGGCGGGGCAAUCCCGGUGGCGGGGGAUAAGGCCCACAGUGAGGGGUGUGGCGAUGAACCCGAUCGACCAUCCCCACGGUGGUGGUGAAGGAAAGAGCAAGAGUAGUGGGAGCCACGGGCAGUGCUCACGGACACCGUGGGGGAAGCCUACCAAGUCUGGAUACAAAACUGCUAAGAUUAAGAAGAGAAAAAUUUAGAGUGAUAAGUCUUCCAAAAACAGAGGCAUGUUUUCUACCAUUCUUUUUUUGUGAGGAAAUGUUUUCUACCAUUUUUACUGAUAUGUUUUGUGGAUUUGUAGUGAUGUGCUUCCUCUGUUUUCACCUGAAGCAAAGGGAGAUAAAUAAUGAACUUGAUGCUUUGAGGUUUCAUA